AUGAGGAUGCCUGAACCCCCAUACCCCCUUCACGAAUCUGUUCGUGACCUCAUCGACCCUGAAUACGCCGCUUUUUACAAUGAACACAUCAUCGAUAAGCAACAGGUCCACUACCAGCCCAUUGCCGUAUCACGAGCGUCUGGCAUUCUCAUUCCCGGUGCGGGGCCCAUGAUCCCCGUUGGUAAGACUCAGGACCUCGCAAUCAAGCGGCAGGAGUCAGAAGGCCCAGCCUUAAGGGUACGGUGUUUUACCCCUGCUGCGGAGAAAGAGCCUGAUGGUGGAUGGCCCGUCCUGCUGUAUUAUCACGGCGGAGGGUGGGUGCUGGGAAACCUUGACACCGAGAAUGUAGUGUGUACAAAUAUAUGUGCAAGGGCUAAUUGUGUCGUUGUUACGACGGAUUAUAGGCUGGCGCCCGAAAACCCAUUCCCGGCCGCUGUCGACGACUCAUGGGAAACCGUCUUGUGGAUCCACGGGGAAGGCCGCGAGCUUCUGAAUGUCGAUACUAGCCGCAUUGGUGUGGGUGGCUCCUCCGCGGGUGGAAACCUUGCAGCCAUCAUGGCUCACCGUAGUGUCGCACGAAAUUUACCACCCCUGAGAGUCCAGCUUCUCAAUGUUCCGGUCAUGGAUAAUACCGCCGACGUAUCAAAUAACCGAUCAUACAAGGACUAUGAACACACUCCUGCUCUCCCUGCAUCUAAAAUGAUAUGGUACCGCCACCAUUAUCUGCCGAGUGAAUCAGACAGAUCGAACCCUGAAGCUAGUCCACUCAUGUAUGCCGACGAUGCUCCCACCUGGGAUGGGUUGCCACAUGCGAUAGUAGUGGUGGGUGAACUGGAUGUGUUGCGAGAAGAAGGGGAGCAGUAUGCUGCAAAGUUGAAACGUCACGGAGUUAGUACUGAUUUACACGUGAUGCAAAGGCAGCCUCAUCCGUUUCUAGCAAUGGAUGGUGUGUUGGAGGCCGGGAGGCAAGCAAUCACAUACAUGGUUGAAGGGUGUAAGGUGGGAUUCUCAUAG